AAAAAAACUGAGAUUUAUUUUUUAAGGAUAAAAAAGAAAAUAUAUCUCCAAUUUUAUGGCACUUUUUUCUUGAACUCGACACCGAAAAAAUCCCAAGCCCUAUAUUACCCUGAAAUACAGGUGGUGACUGAAAUGGAACCACGAUCUUCUCCGCAAGAGAGAGUGGAUUCUGCGACGGCGACGUUUCGCAAGCCGUCUACUGAUGCUGGCAAUAGGAUAUACCGGCGCCGCUCACCGGUCGGUGGAUCCUCUGCAUCCGAGGGAAGUCCGACUCAUGAACGCAACUCUACCCCAAUCCAAAUGAGUAAAGAUAGUGAAAGAGGUGCUGAUGAACGGCGAAGGAAGGAUGAAGGGAGAGACACUGAAAGGCAUUCUGGACGGAGCCAUUAUGGCAGGAGUGGUGACUCCUAUAGUCAUUCUGAUCGACGGUCUUCACGGAGUUCUCGUGGUUAUCAUAGGCAUGAUGAUUAUCACAGACGUGAUAAGUACGUGGAUGGUGAUGAUAGAGAUUAUUCUCGGUCUGCUCGUUCUGGUAGAGACUCAAGAAGUAACACUUAUUCUGAUUACUCUAGGAGGGAAGGUGAGCAUCGCUCAAGAGACCAUGCACGUGAUGAUGACAGAUAUUCAGGAGAUAAGCUGGAUGGUUUGGGGGAUCGCAGCAGAGGUAAGGAGAGAGAAAAAGAUUCAUCUUUUGAAUAUGAAAGGCAUAGAGAAAAAAUUUCAUCUUCUGAUAGAGCUGGAUCUGGUAGGAGGCGCUCUAACAAUGAUGAUAUUAAGCAUGGGGAAAGGGAUAGAUGUACUGAUGAUAAAGUUAGUACAGAUGAGAAGCUUGACCAUCAAAGGAGUUCAGGGGAUUACAGGAGUGAUCGUGGACCGUCUUAUGAAGAAUCUAGGACCUAUAAGAAUGACUCAUCUUCUAGAAGGGAUAGCUCUGGACAUCGUCUGAGAGAAGCUAGCCGGGGUGAUGUUAAAUCAUUGGACAGUGAAAAGUAUGCCAGAGAAGAAAAGAACUAUGACGAUAGAGAAAGGUAUAAGGAACGUCACCAGAAGGAAUCAGGGGACAAAUCUGAAGAUGGAAAUGGUCAUUUUGGCAAAGAUCAAGAAUCCUCAGCCAAGAAGCAAAAGUUAAUUAACAUGGAUGAAAGCAAUAGUAAUGUAGCUGAAGCCGAUGAAAAGAACUCUUCUAGUUUGAAGCAAGCUCAAGAGUUUACUGGUACAGGGUCUGCUGAGCAGGCUUGUCUGACAGAUUCUGAUAUAGAUGCUGCAAAGGUUGCUGCAAUGAAGGCUGCUGAACUUGUUAAUCGAAACCUUGUUGGAACUGGGUUUAUGUCUGCUGACCAAAAGAAGAAGCUUUUAUGGGGCAACAAGAAAACCGCUGUUGCAGAUGAGUCUGCUAACCACUGGGAUACAACAAUAUUUGGUGAUCGUGAGCGACAAGAAAAAUUUCAUAAGCUCAUGAGUCUGAGGUUGCAUUGGUACCUAUGGCCAAUUGUAGGGUGUGAAGGGCGAAAUGAAAGUGGACCACAAACCCGACGACGAAGUUGCAGAGAAGCAGAGGGAGCAGCUCCAGAUGGAUUUAGAGAAGCAAUAUACUGCUGGAUUACGUCGAAGGGAUGGUCGCACCGUUGGUCUAGGUCUUUAAAAACUCACUGGAUGCAUCUCCUUGUCUAUGAGAUAGUGUUUGGCCGUAUUUUGUUGUAUAAUCUUAGAAGUAUAAAGUUCAUCGAUAUUGCACUUGCAUGUAGAAUUCGUGAUCUAUGGUUGAAGUUACGUUUAUUGGACAUCCAAAUUUCCCAUCUAUGCCCUGGGUCUCCAUCAUUCAUUGGUAGCUCAACUGAUGAAAAAUCCAAUCACUUGCUAUGGUGCUUCCCUCAGUUCUAAAUGGGGCUGAAGGAAUGGAUUUUAGCUAAUUCCCUCCGUGUACAAAUG